AUGCCUUCUAAAAAAUAUUAUAUAUAUUAUUCAGAAAAAGAAAAGGUAUAUGCUAUUCAAGAGAUCAAAGAGAACAUUAUAGCGUUAGAACGUGAUAUAACUAAAAUACAUCAAAAUCUUAAAAGCAUUAGCCAAGAAAUCUAUUAUCUAUAUAAUGCUAUGACCGAAUCAUCUGAGUCCAGUACAUCUGAGUCAAGCUCAGCUGAAGAAGCUUAUACAAUAGAGGAGAAACCUAGGAAAUCAGUUUUUACGCCACUUAACAAAGUAAAAUGUGUGAAGAAAAGAUCUGGUAAUAAAAAGAUGAAACGUAAAAGAUAUUUAUCCCGUUCUGUUAAU